AUGGCUGAUCAAAACCUAUCACUGAGUUCAAUCCAAAAUGAGUCUGAAACCACCAACAACCCCAUCGUGACCGAAGUUGUUGGGGUUGAUGCUGGUUCUGAUACUGGAGAAAAAUCCGAACCUAAAGUUAUAAGUUCGGACACCGUUCGGGUGAAAAGGGCUAGAGGAAGGCCUAAGAAGAAUGAGGUUGGUGGGAACAAACCUCUGGUGUCUGCGUCCGUGUCAGUGUCUGAGUCACCGCAGUUUGCUAUUGGAAGUGAAGUGAAACGUGGAAGAGGACGUCCUCGUGGUUCUGGAAAGCUUCAGAUUUUGGCUUCUAUUGGUGGAUGUGUUGCUGAAAGUGCUGGAGGAAGUAUGACACCUCAUGUGCUGACUGUGAACCCUGGAGAGGAUGUGGUUGGAAAAAUAUUUUCAUUUUUUCAGAAAGGUCCUAGAGGAGCUGUUUGCGUUCUUUCUGCUGCUGGUUCUGUAUCAACUGUCAUCCUUCGUCAACCCAGUGUUUCUGGUGGUUCUUUAAGAUAUGAGGGUCAUUUUCAGAUUUUAUCUUUGAGUGGAUCAUGCACUUUCACUAGUGGUGCUGGUGGUGGUGCAGAGAGAAAACUUGGCACGUUGAGUAUUUCAUUGGCUAAACCUGAUGGAGUGGUUUUUGGAGGUGGUGUUGGGAGUUCAAUGAUAGCUGCUACUCCUAUUCAACUUAUUUUGGCAACAUUCAAGCAAAACAUAAGCAACCAAAUAAAGAGAAAGUACUCGUCUCCAAACAUGGCGACUAAUCAAGAUUCAUCAAGCGAUAAUAACCUGAAAGUUCCGAGGGUAACCCUAGAAGAAGAACCCAGCUGCCUAAGAGCAACAGCAACAAAGAAAACUAAUGGUGUAGCAGAAACCGAUGAUAAUGUGAAAGAGUCAAAAAGUAUCACUAAUGGUGAUGGUGUUAUUGACCUUGAAGGAGCAUGUUGA